CUCCACGUGGGGUAGAAAGGACAGACAAAAGAUGAAUAAUAAGAGGCCGUGCAGUUCAAGCACAUCUAGCAGCAAGACAUCUGGGACCACAGCCAGUAGCAAUGCAUCAUUUUCUACUUCCAGCGGGUCAAAAUACAAUAGCCUAGAAGAUAUUUUAGUGCAAAAAUAUAUUGACCAAAUUGGUAAAUCCUCUUCCCUCUCAGCCCGAUUACAAAGAAAAUAUUCAUCCCCUUAUGCAAAGAAAAUCAGUAAAGAUCUAUCACUGAAAAAACAUCGCUUGGGGUCUGCUGCUGGCCGCCGUGCUCUCUCACAUGGAUUUCCUGCUCAAUCACACACCUCAGCCACAUCAAGAUCAUCACGAUCCCUAGAUCACACCUCACAACAAAAAGCACCGAUUCCAGUCACGGUUUCGGACUGCAACAUCAAUGCUUCGAAAUGUACAGUUCAACACGCUCUGCAGUCUCCGUUAAGGACUAAGAGGCCUUGCAGUGUUCCCAGUGGCCAUUUCAGGCACUCAACUCCGAGAACUGACACGAAGCUAAAAGUUUUUCUUCGUCGACCACAUCUCAUAAAGGUGAUGGCAUUCAAGAAUGGAACCAAACAUGUCUUUGCCAAAGUGACAGUACCUAACAUCGAUAUGUUGUUAGAAGAAAGCACCAUGAAGCUGAACCUGAUUUCUGCUGCUCGCCGUGUGUUCCUCCCGUGUGGCAAAGAGGUUUUUCAGGCGCAAGACAUCCCUCCUGAUACCGACGUUUACAUUUCAUCCGGCGAGUCAUUUGUGGACCCUUUAAAAACAAUCAAAGACCAUUUGUCAUUGACCAAGGCGGUGAGUUGGACAAUGAAUGGGAUAGUGCUUCCCCUUGACAAGGAGCGCGGGAAGACAAAGCCCAUUAUCUCCAAGCGGAUGAAGAACCUGACUGAGAAGACGACUGCCAGAAUUCUGGUGUUUAAGAACGGUACAGGUCAGGACGGUUAUGAGAUCAUUUCACCGCUGGAGGAAAAAGAACAGUUUCUAGACAUGUGCACUCAAAGGUUAGACCUUUUGACCCGAGGAAAGUGCCUGUAUAAUUGGAUAGGAAAACGAGUGACUCACCUUAAAACAGUUCCUUUGCUCGACAAGUGCCUGCAGAAUUCCAUCACACCUCUGCGAGGACCUGUCUGGGUCUCCAAGGGGGAAGGGUUCAUCCCUUCAGGAGCGAAGAUAUACCUCCAGGGACUUCUUUGGGCCCUGCACCAAAAGCUGAAACCUGCAAGGGAUUACAGUAAGCAGGUGGAUUAUUCCUUCCAUGGUCAUCCUGAGAGAGUUACGUACAAAGACAUAAUGUCCAUGACAACAAAAGAGCUGUAUAAAAGGAAGGAAGCUGUGGAGAACUUGAUUGAUGACUUGCGAACUGCUAUCACCAAGUACAAGGGUCAGCUCUCCAAACUUGCCCCACAAUUACAGACUGAAGAGGAGCAGAGAACGAGCUUUGUUUGCCAGCACAUUAAAGAGCUUAAAGCAAACAACACUCUUGCACAGGGCCUGCAGCUAAAAGUGUAUCAGAAUGGCGAGGACACAGGGGAGGUGCGUUUCUACACCAACAAGAAGCACAUUAAGAGAGGCUGUGGCAAUGACGUUACGCUCAUGAUGAAAAACUUGCUUCAGAUGAUUUACCAAAGGCUGAUGUGCUCUCCGCAUUUCAAAUGUUCAGCUCUCAUCCGUAUCCCUUCUCGGCUUUUUGAUAAAAACGGACAGGAAAUCAAGAAUCCACUCUCUCUAGAAAAUGAGCAGAAGGUCUGGGUGUCUUAUAAAGAGGACUUCAGGAGUAUCAGCAAGCCAUAUCUCACUGUGACUUUUGAGAGGGCGAUCAGGGUUGAAGAACUGGAUAAAAUGGUGGUCUACAGAACCCAUCUGGACAAUCUCCAUCCUGGAUUGGAAAACUCUGAGGCCUGGAAAGUGUGCACGGAAUUCCCAGAAAGUUGCAUCCAGGCUGAAAUAAAUCCAAGCCAACUGGAAGCCCUGGAUUCUCUGAGUCAUUUCCUCCAUUGGACGAAAGAACCCGAGCUGGAACACGACUUCCAUUAA